UGACUUUUAGAAACUGCCUUGAUUUUCGUGAAUAUCUCGUUGAAAAGUAACAUCAUCUGAUCUGAUCUACGUUCCAACCUCACAGUUAACACAAGCCAUCUUCAAAGAUCUACAGAAGCCAUCGUUUCAACAUUUGAUAAUGACCAUCAAACUUCUGUAUGUAGUAAAAAAAAAAUUGCGACCAAAAAUGAAAAUUAGUUUAAAAAAUAUUUAUUAGCCAAUAUUUGCGAAUGAUCAAUUUGAUGUUACUUCAAUAAACCAAAAGUCAAUGACUAUACAAGUCAGAUACUUGAGUUCGAUUAAGAACUCGUCUAUAUUGCUAAGACCUCAAUUGGAUAUCACUAGUAUAUUAGCCAAUCAUGAACAAUUUAAAAAUUCAAUCAUUAGAAGAAAAUUACCUCCUUCAACCCUUGAUGAUCUUCAAUUCAUUAUAGAAAAUCGUCCUAAACAACUCGAAUUAACAAGCAAGAUAAGUUUAUUACGAGGAGAAAGAUCGAAAUUAGGAGCACAGAUUCAAAAGGAGAAAAGAUCAAGCUUAAUCCAAAGAUUGAGUGAAAUUAAAUCAGAGUUAAAACCAUUGGAAUCGAUAGCUAAAUCAUUAACAGAAGAGAUAUAUUACAAGUCGGAAUCCUUACCUAACCUCUUACAUGAUUCAGUUCCUGAAAAUCCAGAUGAAAAUAUCAUAACUGACUUUAUCCAUUGUGAAUCAGAAGCUCAUGCCGAAUCUUUAAAACCAAAAACCACAUAUGAUCAUAAAGAAAUUGCUGAAAAGCUUAAUAUUGUUGAAUUCGAUGUCGCUUCAAGAAUUUCUGGGUCUUCAUGGUAUUAUUUGAUCGGUGAUGGUGCUUUGUUAGAGCAGGCUCUAAUUCAAUAUAGUUUAUCAAAAGCGAGAAAGAGAGGUUAUAAAAUGGUUAUCCCUCCAUCUAUAGUAAGAAGUGAAAUCAUUAAUGCAUGUGGGUUUAAACCACAAGAUCAAAAUAAUGAAAAACAAGUUUACGUAUUAGAAGAUGAAGAUAGGUCUCUUACUGGUACAGCAGAAAUCCCAUUAGGUGCUUUACAUUCUUCAACUGUAUUCCCUGCCGCCACAAGUUUCCCCAUUAAAUAUGUUGGUGUUUCUCGUUCUUAUCGUGCAGAAGCUGGCGCAAGUGGGAAAGAUACCAAAGGGUUAUAUAGAGUACAUGAAUUUACCAAAGUGGAGUUAUUCCAUUUCACUGAAGAAGCUAAUAGUGAUGUUGAAUUAGAAGAAAUUAAACAAUUUCAAAUGGAAAUCAUUAACGAACUUGGUCUUUCAGCUAAAGUAAUGAAUAUGGCUACUUCUGAUUUAGGAGCUCCAGCCAUGAAAAAAUAUGAUAUCGAAGCUUGGAUGCCUGGUAGAGGUAAUUGGGGUGAACUCACAAGUAGUUCAAAUUGUGGUGAUUAUCAAGCUAGAAGACUUGGAAUCAGAAUGCAUUCUAAAGAUCAGAAAGUAUCUCAUGUAACCACUCUUAAUGGAACUUGCAUGGCAGUUCCAAGAGUCAUAGUGGCUAUAAUCGAACAGUUCUAUGAUCCUCAAACUGAAUCAAUUACAAUUCCAGAGGUAUUAAGACCUUACAUGGAUGACAAAUCUGUCAUAACAAAAAAUUAAAUAGACGUUCAUUAAUCUUG